GCUCGUUUGGCGCGCGCAGCCCUAAGCUGCGGGCUGAGUUAGGGUCUUGGGUUUUCUCUCCUUUCUCCUUGGUUCUUGACUAUUUCCGGACGCUGGUGUCUCCGAACUUCGACAUGCCGUCUUCUUCUGGCUCGACGAUGCCGGCCUCCACGUCGGCCUCAGCCCUGCAGGAAGCUCUGGAAAAUGCAGGACGGCUCAUCGACCGUCAGUCAGAAGACCGCAUGUACCCGGACCUUUCCGAGCUUCUCAUGGUGUCUGCCCCAAAUAAUCCCACUGUUUCCGGCAUGUCAGAUAUGGAUUAUCCUCUACAAGGACCUGGUUUGCUGUCGGUACCCAACCUUCCAGAGAUCAGUUCCAUCCGAAGGGUUCCUCUCCCACCUGAACUUGUUGAACAGUUUGGACAUAUGCAGUGUAACUGCAUGAUGGGUGUGUUCCCUCCUAUCAGCAGAGCUUGGCUCACAAUUGACAGUGACAUAUUCAUGUGGAACUAUGAAGAUGGAGGAGACCUUGCCUUUGAUGGACUUAGUGAGACUAUUCUUGCUGUGGGGCUUGUGAAACCAAAGGCUGGCAUCUUUCAACCUCAUGUACGGCACCUGCUGGUUUUGGCAACCCCUGUGGAUAUAGUGAUUCUUGGACUUAGCUAUGCUAAUUUACAAACAGGUUCUGGAGUUCUUAAUGACAGUAUGUGUGGUGGAAUGCAGUUGCUUCCAGAUCCCUUAUAUUCUCUUCCCACUGAUAAUACUUAUCUUUUAACAAUAACUUCCACUGAUAAUGGCAGAAUUUUCUUGGCUGGAAAGGACGGCUGUUUAUACGAAGUAGCAUACCAAGCAGAAGCAGGUUGGUUUAGCCAAAGAUGUCGGAAAAUAAACCACUCAAAGAGUGCACUUUCUUUCCUUGUUCCUUCAUUGCUACAGUUUACAUUCUCAGAAGAUGAUCCUAUUCUUCAAAUUGCAAUUGAUAAUUCUAGAAAUAUUUUAUAUACACGAUCUGAGAAAGGAGUAAUACAGGUUUAUGAUUUGGGCCACGAUGGACAAGGAAUGAGCAGAGUUGCCUCAGUUUCGCAGAAUUCUAUUGUCUCUGCUGCUGGAAACAUUGCUAGGACCAUAGAUCGUUCUGUUUUUAAGCCAAUUGUUCAAAUAGCAGUGAUUGAAAAUUCUGAAUCGCUGGAUUGUCAGUUAUUGGCAGUCACACAUGCAGGUGUAAGGUUAUAUUUCAGCACUUGUCCAUUCAGACAGCCAUUAGCACGACCUAACACAUUGACACUGGUUCACGUUCGCUUACCUCCUGGAUUCUCAGCAUCUUCAACAGUGGAAAAACCUUCAAAAGUACAUAAAGCACUUUACAGUAAAGGUAUUCUACUGAUGGCAGCCUCAGAAAAUGAAGAUAAUGACAUUUUGUGGUGUGUUAACCAUGAUACAUUUCCUUUCCAAAAGCCAAUGAUGGAAACCCAGAUGACAACCCGUGUUGAUGGUCAUUCAUGGGCUCUCUGCAUAGAUGAAUUGAAAGUAGAUAAAAUUAUUACACCCUUAAAUAAGGAUCAUAUUCCCAUAACUGACUCACCAGUUGUGGUACAGCAGCACAUGUUGCCUCCAAAGAAAUUUGUUCUCCUCUCAGCACAGGGGAGUCUUAUGUUUCAUAAACUUAGACCUGUAGAUCAACUGAGGCAUCUACUUGUGAGUAAUGUGGGUGGAGAUGGAGAAGAAAUUGAAAGGUUCUUUAAAUUACAUCAGGAAGACCAGGCUUGUGCAACUUGCCUUAUCCUUGCUUGUUCCACUGCUGCUUGUGACAGAGAAGUAUCUGCAUGGGCUACUCGGGCUUUCUUCAGGUAUGGUGGUGAAGCACAGAUGAGAUUUCCAACCACUCUCCCUGCUCCAAGUAACGUGGGUCCCAUCUUAGGGUCUCCUGUCUACGCUAGUUCUCCUAUUCCUAGUACUAGUUCAUACCCAAAUCCAACAUUUCUGGGAACACCAUCUCAAGGUGUACACCCUCCUGCCAUGUCAACACCAGUGUGUGCUUCAGGAAAUCCAGCAACUCAGGCUGCAAGUAUGACUUGUAUGGCUGCACCAGAGAUCGUGUACUCUGGAAAACACAAUGGUAUUUGCAUCUACUUUUCUCGAAUCAUGGGAAAUAUCUGGGAUGCUAGUUUAGUUGUGGAGAGAGUAUUCAAGAGUGGCAGCAGAGAAAUCACCGCAAUUGAAAGUAGCGUUCCCUCCCAGUUGCUGGAGUCAGUGCUACAAGAACUAAAAGGUUUGCAAGAAUUUCUAGACAGAAACUCCCAAUUUGCAGGAGGACCAUUAGGAAAUCCAAAGUGUCAAACAAAAAUUUCUCCUGAAAGUUCAACAUUCUUUUCUUCACACCCCCUGAAGUUACAGAGGCUGAUUAGGAUUCAUGGUCUGAAAAUACAGGAAAUACCCAGCAAAUGCUCGAAGGAGCUGCAGAGGAAGUUUCAUGAGGCUCAGCUGAGUGAAAAGGUUUCACUUCAGGCAAUCCAGCAGUUGGUUCGAAAAUCAUACCAGGCUCUGGCUUUAUGGAAACUUUGUGAACAUCAGUUCACUGUCAUUGUAGGAGAACUUCAGAAGGAAUUUCAGGAGCAACUGAAAAUCACCACAUUUAAAGAUCUGGUCAUCAGGGACAAGGAACUGACUGGGGCAUUAAUUGCUUCUCUUAUCAACUGCUACAUCAGAGAUAAUGCUGCUGUUGAUGGCAUUAGUUUACACUUACAGGACAUCUGCCCCCUUCUGUAUAGCUCUGAUGAUGCAGUUUGCCUCAAGGCAAAUGAACUUCUGCAGCUUUCCCGACAAGUUCAAAAUAGAUUAAAGGAAAGAAUGUUAAGGGAAGCCUUAAAGGAAUAUCAAAAAAUCUGCAAUCAAGUGGGACCUUUCCAAUGUUUGUGCUCAGUUAGACAAGUCCGUUUUUAUGAGGGUGUGGUGGAGCUCUCUCUUACUGCUGCAGAAAAAAAAGAUCCUCAGGGUCUUGGACUUCAUUUCUAUAAACAUGGAGAACCAGAAGAAGACCUUGUGGGCCUGCAGGCUUUCCAAGAAAGAUUAAACAGUUACAAGUGUAUUACAGACACGCUUCAAGAACUGGUAAAUCAAAGUAAGGCUGCUCCUCAGUCUCCCAGUGUACCCAAAAAACCUGGGCCUCCAGUACUGUCAUCUGACCCCAAUAUGCUGAGUAAUGAAGAAGCAGGACAUCAUUUUGAACAAAUGCUUAAACUGUCUCAACGAUCCAAAGAUGAGCUUAGUAUCGCCCUUUAUAAUUGGCUAAUACAAGCUGAUCUUGCAGAUAAGCUAUUGCAGAUUGCUUCUCCAUUUCUGGAGCCACAUCUAGUCCGAAUGGCCAAAGUUGAUCAAAACAAAGUUCGUUAUAUGGAUUUACUGUGGAGAUAUUAUGAAAAGAACAGAAGCUUUAGUAAUGCUGCUCGUGUACUGUCCAAAUUGGCUGACAUGCAUAGCACAGAAAUUUCACUUCAGCAGCGACUAGAGUACAUUGCUCGAGCCAUUCUUAGUGCCAAAAGUUCCACUGCUAUUUCAUCAAUAGCCGCAGAUGGUGAAUUCCUUCAUGAAUUAGAAGAAAAAAUGGAAGUUGCUAGGAUCCAACUUCAGAUACAAGAGACACUACAAAGGCAAUAUUCCCAUCAUUCUUCUGUACAGGAUGCAAUUUCUCAGCUGGAUUCCGAACUAAUGGACAUAACUAAGCUUUAUGGGGAAUUUGCUGACCCGUUUAAACUUGCAGAGUGUAAGCUUGCAAUAAUUCAUUGUGCUGGUUAUUCAGACCCUAUAUUGGUGCAGACACUUUGGCAAGAUAUCAUAGAGAAAGAAUUGAAUGAAAGUGUGACGUUGAGCUCCCCGGAUAGAAUGCAUGCUCUUAGUCUCAAGGUUGUGCUCCUUGGCAAAAUUUAUGCUGGCACACCUCGCUUCUUUCCUUUAGAUUUUAUUGUGCAGUUUUUAGAACAGCAAGUUUGUACUUUGAACUGGGAUGUAGGUUUUGUAAUACAGACAAUGAAUGAAAUUGGAGUGCCAUUACCUAGGCUACUGGAAGUAUAUGAUCACUUGUUCAAGUCACGGGAUCCAUUCUGGAACAGAAUGAAGAAGCCACUGCACCUUUUGGAUUGCAUACAUGUGCUAUUGGCAAGAUAUGUUGAGAAUCCUAGCCAAGUUUUAAAUUGUGAGAGGAGAAGAUUUACAAAUCUGUCCCUGGAUGCUAUCUGUGGUUAUCUGGUUGAGCUUCAGUCUAUGAGCUCGUCAGUAGCAGUACAAACCAUCACAGGAAAUUUUAAAUCUCUUCAGGCUAAACUCGAACGGCUUCAUUAAUAUUAUAAUGUAUUGUCAUCUAUGCAUUUUGAUCUGUAAAAUAAAAGCUCAGCUGGGUCCAGAUAUCAGGUGCUGUAAAUCUAAGAACAAUUUUAAUAGAAAUGUGGUUUUAAAAGUGGCUACUAUCUACAAACAGUACAUUUGCCAGAUGAAUUAUUUUUUACUCCUAUUUUGUUUUUUAAUAAUCAGGUUAAGAAACACCUGAACUAAGAUUACCUAUGAUCUUAACACAAGAAUAAAAAAUAUUUAGAAACUCUUAUUUUUAAUUUAAUGCAGGCAGAAAUUUUGAACUUAUGCUAUUCAUUUUCAAGUUAGUCCAAGAAUAUGGAUAUCAAAACUUAACUAGGCUAGCUGAGCA